AUGUCUUCUAUCAGAAAUACAAUGAGAUGUGCUACACAGGCAACCAAAAAUCGGAGAGAGAAGAAUUUUAAAAAGAGAAAUAUUAUGGCGAGGAUUCGAUCGAGAUUGGGGAGGGUGUUUGGGAGGGUAUGGGAAUUUUGGCAUGAUUUUAGAAAGUGGAGGAGAGAUGCCGAGGAAGCGAGACAAAGACGGGCGGAUAGAUACGAUAACCAUAUGGUGAAUUCUGAUGAUAUAUGGUGAUUCUUGGACGAUUAUUCAUCUGCAGUCUAAAAUAGCUCGAUAUAAGGUGAGAAAGAGAUUACGCACAGCUUCGAAGAACUCGAGAGGGCAUUCAGCGCCCCUAAAGCCUUUAGCUGGAUCAAAAAUCAUAGAUCAUGGCUAGAGCCUCAUAGUCUGGGGUUUUAUGGCUCAAGUUGCGGCCCCUGUAUGAGAUACCUCAUGCAUGCCACUGCUUCUCAUUACUCGAGAGACAGCAAGAUUGUGCGGCGUCGGUAUCAGCAUUUUGAGGACACAGAAACACACUUGUUUAUUGAGAAUAUUCUCAACGUGUAAUACUAUCUCAGGAUAUACUAACAGGUGUGAGGACAAACUACUGUCGCGUCAGAAGCCUUGGUAUUAUCAGUUGUCGAUUACUGCUCUCGCGUACGCUUGUCUGAAGAGAAAUCAGCUGUUGAGGUUUUCUAGAUAUUAGAUUUGGGAAAUAGUUGUUCUAGUUUGUUUUUCAGAGUCUUGGAAUCAUAGGAAGGAAAAAGUAGGAGGCAAAUGAUUUUGAACUUUGAGACAGAAGUUCUUAUCUGCGGUUUCGCAAUGGAAAAUGGAAAUAGGGUGGUUGGUUUUGGUUUGGUUAUAUUGAUGGAUGUAUAUAACUUUGGUAAUGUUGGCGGAAAUAUAAUCCUGAUUGAUGUCAGUAAAACUCAUCC